GUAGAAGAAAAAAGAACCCUGUAAAAUCUGCCCUCGAGAUGCCCCACCUCGCCGCACCUGCCUCUCCGCCGCCGGCUCCAAACUUUAUGUCCAACGCUCGCGAGGCUGCCUCCUCCUCGCCGCCGUCCAAAAGGGGGCGGAGGAAGGCGGUGGUGGUGGUCAUGGGCGCGACGGGCGCCGGCAAGUCCCGGCUUGCCGUUGACCUGGCGGGGCACUUUGCCGGCGUCGAGGUGGUGAGCGCCGACUCCAUGCAGGUCUACCGCGGUCUCGAUGUCCUCACUAACAAGGUCUCCCUCCAUGAGCAGAACGGUGUUCCUCACCAUCUCUUGAGCAUCGUCGAUCCUUCGGCGGAGUUCACUUGCCGCGAUUUCCGUGAUCAUGCCUUGCCUAUUAUAGAAGAUAUAUUGGAUCGUGGCGGCCUGCCUGUUAUUGUUGGUGGCACAAACUUCUAUAUACAGGCUCUUGUUAGUCCAUUCCUCUUUGAGGAUAUGUCAGAAGAUACGCAGGGUUGCACUUUGAGUGACCAACUCGAUGAUAUAGGCCUUGCCACAGAUGGUGUUGGAAGUGGGUAUGAACACUUAAAGGAGAUUGAUCCUAUUGCGGCACAAAGGAUCCACCCAAACAACCACCGAAAAAUAAAACGUUAUCUUGAGUUAUAUGCAACCACAGGUGCACUACCAAGCGAUCUUUUCCAAGGAGAAGCUGCAGAAGACAAGUGGGGCCGGCCUACUAGCUCCAGAUUUGACUGUUGUUUCCUGUGGGUGGAUGCCGAGCUUCAUGUUCUGGAUAAUUAUGUCAAUGAAAGAGUCGAUUGCAUGAUUAAUGCUGGGCUGCUUGAUGAAGUGUGCAAUAUAUAUAAUCCAGGUGCCGUUUAUACCCAAGGUCUACGGCAGGCCAUUGGGGUUCGUGAAUUUGAUGAGUUUUUUAGAUUAUAUUUUACAAAGAAAGAACCUGAUGAGAUAAAAGCUGGUAUGCUUGAUCUCCAUGAUGAUAAGCUGAAAAGCUUGUUGGAUGAAGCUGUCUCUCAGCUAAAAGCAAACACACGAAGACUUGUUCGACGCCAAAGACGGAGGCUACACCGGCUGAAUAAAGACUUCGGGUGGAAUUUGCAUCACAUCGAUGCAACAGAAGCAUUCCAAUGUAAGUCCAUUUGUAUGUAUUUGCCCAGAGUGUUGAAUUGGCCUGCUUUGAUGUGUUCUUUUCCUUCAUAUGCAAUGUAUAUUUUACUAGGUACCACUGGUGACUCUUGGCAUGUCAAGGUUAUAAAACCUUGCGCAGAUACUGUCAGAAGAUUCUUGUCUAACGAUACAACUUUGGCAAGUAAAGAUUGUUCGAUCGAUGGUGGUGGAACUAGGUUGGCCUCAAGAGAGUUAUGGACUCAAUAUGUUUGCGAGGCCUGCGACAACCGGGUCCUUCGAGGGGCACACGAGUGGGAACAACACAAGCAAGGCCGAGGCCACCGGAAAAGAACACAGCAUUUGAAGCGGAAGAGUAAGAUCAAGAGUACAUCGUCUGAAGCAGAAGUAUAACCAUGUGAACAUCAGUUGUAGUUUCGGUGUUGAUGGAACACCAUUUAGAUUGGUUUCGAGUCUUAUGGAGGAGACUGGGGAAGGGGAUCGAUAAGGACACGGAUCCAAACACUAGUUCUGAUCUUUAAAGGUGUUUUUGUAUGCUGCCUGACUUGAUAUCGCAGAAAACUCGAGUUCGUCUUAAUUUAUGCCCAUUCUGAACA